AUGCCACCAAAGAAGCAAGUUGAAGAGAAAAAGGUUUUAUUGGGCCGCCCUGGUAAUAACUUAAAAGCUGGUAUUGUCGGUUUAGCGAACGUUGGUAAAUCAACUUUUUUCCAAGCAAUUACAAGAUGUCCAUUGGGUAACCCAGCCAACUAUCCUUUCGCUACUAUUGAUCCAGAAGAGGCUCGUGUUAUUGUCCCAUCUCCAAGAUUUGAGAAAUUAUGUGAAAUCUAUAAUCCUGCUUCUAAAGUUCCAGCUCAUUUGACUGUUUAUGAUAUUGCAGGUUUAACCAGAGGUGCAAGUAAAGGUGAAGGUCUAGGUAACUCUUUCUUGUCCCACAUUAGAGCUGUUGAUUCCAUCUAUCAAGUUGUUCGUUGUUUCGACGAUGCUGAAAUUAUCCAUAUCGAAGGUGACGUCAAUCCAGUUAGAGACUUGGAAAUUAUCAACACCGAAUUGAGAUUAAAGGAUAUUGAAUUCGCCAACAAACAUUUGGAGGCUAUUGAUAAGAUAACAAAAAGAGGUGGUCAAUCCCUUGAAGUUAAGCAAAAGAAGGAAGAGGCUAUCCUAGUGAAGAAGAUUAUUGAGUUGUUAGAAUCCGGCCAAAGGGUUGCAAACCAAUCGUGGUCUCCUAAGGAAGUUGAGAUCAUUAACUCAAUGUUUUUGUUGACUGCCAAGCCAUCUAUUUACUUGAUCAAUCUCUCUGAGAAAGAUUUCAUCAGGAAAAAGAACAAGCAUUUGUUGAAAAUCAAGGAGUGGGUUGACCAAUACUCUCCUGGCGAUUUGAUCAUCCCAUUCUCUGUCUGCUUCGAAGAGAGACUAUCUCACAUGUCCCUUGAAGAGGCUGACGAGGAAUGUAAGAACUUGGGUGUCCAAUCUGCUUUGCCAAAAAUCAUCACUACAAUGAGAGAAAAGCUAGAGUUGAUUUCUUUCUUCACAUCUGGUGCUGACGAAGUUAGAGAAUGGACCAUUAGAAAGGGUACUAAGGCCCCACAGGCUGCUGGUGUCAUCCACAAUGACCUAAUGAACACCUUUAUUUUGGCUCAGGUUAUGAAGUACGAAGAUGUUGUGGAAUACAAAGAUGACAAUGCUAUUAAAGCUGCAGGUAAGAUGCAACAAAAAGGUAAAGAGUACGUUGUAGAAGACGGUGAUGUUAUCUACUUCAGAGCAGGUGCUGGUAAGAACUAA